AUGUCGGCUCCUGCGUUUCUGGUCCCACAACUUCCGCCGUUGGAUUCGACCUACGGCGCAUGGCUUGUGUCCCUCUUCGUCGAGACCAUUCUCUACGGGAUGGGCGUCCUGCAAACAUGGAUCUACUUUGCUAGUGUUGGUUGGCCACAAGAUUCGUUGUCUAUCAGACUCAUGGUCUGCAUCGUUGUUGUUCUCGAAACUCUUCAAGUCACCUUUUUCUUUCGGUCAAGCUAUCUCCGAUUUGUUCAAAACUUUGGUGUUCUGACCGCUGAGAUUGACUGGGUGGAUUCCGCUCAACUUCUUUCAUCGUACCUUGGCGCUUUCGCUGUCCGGCUCUUCUUCGCAAGCCGGGUUUACAAGUUGACCCAAAAAUCGCCGAGUCCGUUUGCCAAGAUCGGAAUGUAUGGGAUCUUCGUUUUCGCAUUUCUGUCUGUUGUCGCUGGAAGCGCUCAAACUGCAUGGACCAGCAUCAUCGGAUCCUUCCUCAAGUUGAAUGACACCAAGGCUGUCACCACCGUCCAAGCUGCCACUUCGCUAACCUGCGAUUUGCUUAUCACGCUCUUCCUCUGCAUAUUCCUGACCAGACAGAAGGGUGACAUCAAGAAGACGAAUAUUAUGAUGGAAAGGCUUAUCUACGAGGCGAUUAAUCGUGGCACCUUGACUGUGUUGGCAUCUGGAAUCAAUCUUAUCCUGUUUCUCGCACUUCCUGAUACGUUCUGGUUCUUUCUUGGUCUUGCACCCAGUUCCAAAUUGUACAUGAACAGUCUACUUGCAACGCUCAACAACCGACAACGCAUCCGGGAUCAAGUCGCUUCUCGUCUCGACAAGGGUUGGAACCCGAUUCCAAUGGGUUCCAUGGGGCAUACUAUUGGUGGACGAUCAAUGAGACCCCUCAAGUUCAAGGCACAUGGCAACGACACAAAGAGCAAUUUCGACGGCGAUAUCUCGAUUAUCGACGGAAUGAGAAACAAAAGUAUCGAAGUCAUCUGUGAAAAUGAGGCGAUGGGUGUCCAGGUCGUGGUCCAGCGGCAAGCCCCGGUUUGA